UUCCCUCGACGACUCAUUUUACUGCCCUCAUUUCGCUUGUUGUAUCUCUGUAGCGUAUCGCGCGACACAUAUCUAUCUCCCUUCCCUUCCGCCAUGACCACCAUCCCUGCUCCAACCGCCGCCGCCGCUCGAGAAGAAUGGCCUGACGCAGACUUUGAUCUUCCGGAAGGUCAAUCAAUACAUACUAUCAACAAAGAUGAAGAAGAUGAGGAUUGGGACAUAGAAAUGGAUCUUGGACAUACUGGAGGCGCUCAAAUUUAUGAUCCUUUUCCGUCUGCUACUUCCGCGCAGAUGCAUAUCAUUCGCCCUCUGUCAUCCCUACAGGACAUCGGAGAUGAUGAUGACGAUGACGAGGGUGCAUCGACAAUCAAAUUUGCUGCUCUACCCAAACCAAAGUCCGUUGUCCCAACUAUGCGAACAUCCGACGAAGAUGACUUCGAAGACGCAUUUUCAUUGCCUUCUGGUGUCACCCGGCUUUCAUUGGUCCCUUUGACUCUCAACCAUCGUGCCUCCAAGACUUCGCUGGAAUGGGGAGACAAAGACCAAACUACGUCUUCGCAGUCCUCGGAUGCCUACUCCACGUUAGGCUUCGCUGAUACUUCUCCGUCGUCCAACUCUACGUCUUCAGUGUCCACUCCAGGGACGGAGACAGAAGAGGAUGACGAUGAUGAAGGGGUCCUAGAAGGCCUAAUUAUUCCUGCGGAUUUGGGCCAACGCCACCUCACCUCGAUUCUGAACAAGAAGAAGGCGGCGGUCACGAUGGAUAACCAACUCAAGGUGGCUAGUCCUGAUCCAGAUGAUGAUUUUGAAAUGGGACUAGUCAUUAACGAUGAUGUCGACUUCAGCCCCAGUCGUCUGCUGAAACCUCAGCGCUCGCCGUUAUUGCGGUCUGCCAACCGAAGCAACAGCUUGUCCCUUCAGAAGGUAUGGAGGCUGCCAUCGCGGGUGAAUCGUGCCAAGUCCCCCGUCAAUCAUCCUCCAGUUUCCUCUGCCCGGCAACUUCAGAAGCUCAGGUUCUCCCCAUCACCGUCACUGCAACCCGCGGCAAAAGUGCAGAGUUUCCAGCCAUAUCCCUCUGACUCAUCUUCAUCUUUGAAACCCGGUAGUCUACGAGGUCAGAAGUCCCACACAGGCCUUGCCCCUGCUGCCGCCAUACCGGCGAAAAGGUUGACGAGGAAAGCAUCGCUGUCUUCUCUGAUGGAAUCAGGCGCCCAAGCGUCAGCAUCCUCAUCACCAGCAUGUAAAGGUGCGCGCUAUGGGGAAUCGACUGCUGCGUCGCGUGCCAAGUCACAUAAGGCUUCCACGAGUCAGCAUCAGAAUUAUGAAGUGCCACCCACGCGCCCUUCCACACCUUCCUCUAACACUGCCGCGCUCCGUCUGACUAUACCCACUAUAGGGCGCCUCAAGUCACGUCCUGCCCUUUCUGCGUUAUUUGGUCGCUCAUCGUCUCCGAGGGCACAGUCACCGUUCCGGACGUCAUCACCCGCACCUGCGCGACCUCCAUCCAGUCUGUCUAAGUUAACUCGGACAUUACCACCACAGUCAAUCCCUAAGGUACUCCGCAAACCAAAGCGCCAAUGCAUUUAUGGAGAUGGCACCGAGCUUGACGCGAUUGCAGACCUACCCACGGACCGGGAUAAAGAGAGUCGUUUUCGUGUUCAACCUAAAGGUUACGGAAAUCGCAUUCCUGCCGCCAGCUUUUCACCGUCGAAGCUUGCAGAUAAGAGUGUCGUCCGUAAACAAGGACGUUGUGAACCGUCAGAUUCUCCUGCAUCUUCUGCGUUUGCUUCACUGUCGAAACGCCGAAGCAGAUCCGAAUUAGUUACUCAGAAGCCCCAGUCUCCUAAGAAAAAACGGAAGAACUUGACAUCUCCAACUGAACUCAAGAAGCCUACCCUAAUACGGAAUUUGGGCGGCACGAAAGCGUCUAAAGUUGUUGGCGACAUGAAAUGGAACCCUCAAACUCUUCGGUGGGAGGGAAACGAGCAAGUCCUGAAAGACUUUGACGUUGCUUCCACCCGACCAGCUCUCAUUACACAUCUUACGGGGUCAUCCCUUGGGUCUCCCGCCCCUUCGUUCGCGUCAGGUGCGCGGAUAGUGGGAAACAUGAUAUUCGAUCCGGCGCGCCUGUGCUGGAUAUCAACCUUACCGCCUGAAGACGAGGAGCCGGAUGUGUUCGCCAAUUUGGCCGACGACGAGGAAGACGGUGACGGAUGGGAGACCAAGGGUGGUACCAUCAAAGCCGUUCUUGCUACGUCGGAUGCCUCCAUGGCAGCGUCAAGUGCUAAUGGAUCUUCAGUAGCUUCAGUGCCAACCGCUGGGUGCUGUCGCACACGAACUGCAUCCGAAGCCGAUAGCGAGCGCUUUUCAGGAGCGUCGAUGGUGUGUGGUAUCGACGAACACUUUGUACAAAAGUGCCGUGAGGCAGAAGCACGCCAUCGCGCCGAAAUAAAGUGUUGGAAGAGUGCUUUGUCGCGACAGGAUGCCUUCACUGAGCCGGACCGCUCAUUCCUAUAUGAUAUUCGGACGUUGGCGACUCGCAAAUAUUAACGGUCUGUAGUAUCAUGUCCAUACUAUCCACCUUGUUUAUUUUGACAUUAUUUGCAUUGAUUUUUCACUGUUGAUUUUCCUUCAUUUGCAUUACCUUGACAUGUUUCUGUAUAAGUUAUCCCUUUUCUUUCUUGUUCUGCUUAACGCCUCGACAUGUAACGUGCUCUCUGGAUAUAUUACUGAACAACUGUAUCUCUUAACCUGCCUUGACUGAAGGUUGAAGAAUCAUUCAACGGGAAUAGGUACA